AUGGAGUUACGGUUUGUAUCACAGUUCGUCUUCGGCAUUCUCGUUAUCGCGCUUCUUUUUUCUCUCACUACCAAUGCAAUCGAUCACAAAGAAUCGAGUGUUGUUGAUGGAGAAGAGAAGUUGCAGAUUCAGAGCUUGAAGAAUUCGUCAAUGGCGGAAAGCUUAAGUGACGCUUUGAACGAGCAUGCUGUUGAUAAUCCAGAGGAACUUGCUUCCAUGGUAGAUACGACUAUACGCAAUCAUACAGAGAGAAGGAAUCUGAAUUUUUUCUCAUGUGGGACUGGAAAUCCAAUGGAUGACUGCUGGCGCUGUGACAGGCGUUGGUCUUUCCGGCGAAAGAGAUUGGCUGAUUGCGCCAUUGGUUUCGGUCGCAACGCCAUAGGUGGCCGUGAUGGAAAGUACUAUGUUGUGUCGGACCCAAAAGACGAUGACCCCGUGAACCCAAAACCAGGCACUCUCCGUCAUGCCGUUAUUCAAGAUAGGCCCUUAUGGAUCGUGUUCAAGAGAGACAUGGUGAUCACUCUGAAGCAAGAACUGAUCAUGAACAGCUUUAAGACCAUUGAUGGUCGUGGUGCCAACGUUCAUAUUGCAUUUGGAGCCGGCAUUACUAUCCAGUUUAUCACCAAUGUCAUCAUACAUGGCGUUCAUAUUCAUGAUUGUAAGCCUACUGGGAAUGCUAUGGUUCGCAGCUCCCCUUCCCAUUUUGGAUGGAGGACAAUGGCUGAUGGUGAUGGCAUUUCCAUCUUUGGUUCCAGCCAUAUUUGGAUUGAUCACAACUCUCUUUCCAAUUGCGCUGAUGGUCUUGUUGAUGCUAUUAUGGGUUCCACUGCCAUUACUAUUUCCAAUAAUUAUUUCACCCACCACAAUGAGGUUAUACUAUUGGGUCACAGUGACUCAUAUGUCCGUGACAAGCAGAUGCAAGUAACCAUUGCAUACAACCAUUUUGGGGAGGGUCUUAUCCAAAGGAUGCCUAGGUGCAGACAUGGGUAUUUCCACGUGGUAAACAAUGACUAUACCCAUUGGGAGAUGUAUGCCAUUGGAGGUAGUGCUGAACCCACAAUUAACAGCCAAGGAAACAGAUACCUUGCUCCUCAGAACCCUUUUGCUAAGGAGGUAACUAAGAGGGUGGACACAGGGUCCGGCAUAUGGAAAGGUUGGAAUUGGAGGUCUGAGGGAGACCUUUUGCUAAAUGGAGCCUUUUUCAUUCCAUCAGGAGCAGAAGCUGGAGCAAGCUAUGCUAGAGCCUCAAGUUUGGGGGCCAAAUCAUCUUCUUUAGUAGGCUCCUUAACCUCAAGUGCUGGUGUUAUUAGCUGUCGCAGGGGUGGCAUGUGUUAA